UAUCCAUAUAAACGUGAGACUGCUGGUCUUGGGACAGAGAUUAUAGUUGGUCUUAGUCUCUUCCUGGUUGCUGCUCAUGCUGAUUAUGUCUCCUUCUAAUGUGCCAUGGCAAAGAUGUGAGUCACUCACAAACUUGUGAGUCACUUAAUGAGGCAUAUCCCUUCAAAUGGGAUACCUGGACAUUCUCUGCUUCAACAGGGGCAUUCCUUGCUGUGGCAGCCACAUAUGGUUCAGGUCAGGAACAGCAGGAGAGGUUGAAAGGCAAAGGCAUGUUUGUGUACAAUCUUGGCUUUUUUUUCCUCCUGGCUUUGGGCUGUGAGCUCAUAAACAGAAUGUUCUCAGCCUGGUGGCUCUGUGUAUCAGUGCUGCCUUGUUGUCACUUUAAAUAAUUGAGUUUACUAUUGGUUGUUUAGCUCAGCAUGUUAGCUGAGCUCUUCCUCUGUCUGAGGUACUGUAGACUGAAGAAAUUGACAAGCUGAAUGAUCUCCCUUUUCCUGAGCUAGAGAAUUCUUGAACUGGUCUCUAUUCUCCUCUCCAGUGCCUUAGAAAUAGUGAGAUGGGAAGCUGCAUUUAGAAGCCCCUGGAGGAUGCCUGACAAGGGGGUGUCCAACACAUGAUGAAGUUGGAGCUCUUUUUGAAAUGUUUCUUGCUCUUCCUGGAGCAGAGGAGCCAUUAUUUAUGCAGGUGAAAUAAGAUGAAGAACUCACUUCUCUUGGCUCAUGUACAUCAACGUCUUUUGACCUCCGUACAAUAAUUAUGCUUGUCAUUGCUGGUGGUAUCCUGAUGGCCUUGCUCCUGCUGGUAGUUGUUGUGCUCUGUCUUAACUUCAAAAUAGGCAACGCACUAAAAGCUGCAAAGGAAUCUGGUCACAACCCAGACACGGUGUUGUAUGCCAAGAACAGCCAGGCCAACACCAUUGCCACAGAGUCUUGUCCUGCCCUACAGUGCUGUGAAGGAUGUACAAUAUACGCCGAUUUUGAUUCCCUGCCACCUUGCUGUUGUGACAUAAAUGAGGGCCUCUGACCUAGGAAAGGUGGGCACAAAAAUCUUCAUGAGCAGUAUUUCUUUCUUAAUAGAAUAUUUUGUUAUUCAAAUCAAGUUCUAGGGAUUUUAUGUGUUACUAUAUAAUUUACAGUGUUGUUUUAUAUACUUUUGAAUAAAUGUACAAUAUUAAAAAGAA